AUGAAUGAAAGGUUGGAAGAUCCUGCCCAGGGGGAGAGAGGACUAUUGAAUUCCUCCUCCCUUCAGUCCAGGUUGAACCCGUCCUCACUCUUGUUCAACGAAACAACCAAGUUCAUUGUGGAACAUGGAAAAACUUAUAUGCUCAGAAUGGUUAAUGCCGCAAAGAACCUCUUCAUGUUUUUGGCGAUCGAAGACCACGAAGUAACCAUUAUAGGAACCGAUGGUGCAUACACCAAGCCACUAAAAAGCGACUAUGUGACCAUCUCCCGUGGCCAAACCAUCCACCUCUUGUUUAAAGCCAACCAACCCAUAGGUCGUUAUUAUAUGGCAGCUAAGCCAUAUAAUAGCCAGCCAUUGAUUACUUUCGAUAACACUACCACCACAACCAUUAUCGAGUACAAAGGCUACAAAAAAUCAUCUUCACAUCCAAUUUUUCCCCAUCUUCCAAAGGUUAAUGACAUUGGUGCAUCGGUUAAUUUCACUGGAAGCCUUAGACAUUUAGCAAGUCGUGCUCAUCCAAAUAACGUCCCAAUGAAGAUUACACACAACUUCUUGUUCACCAUCUCCAUCAACACAUUGCCAUGCCCUAAUAAUGCAUGUUUAGGACCUAGAGGACUGAGGUUUGCUGCAAGUGUAAACAACAUAACAUUUGAUUCUCCAAGGAUUUCGAUACUGGAUGCUUAUUAUGGAAGAAUCACGGGUGUUUAUGGAGACGACUUUCCCAAUUUCCCACCAUUGUUAUUCAACUUUACCUCCACUAAUCUGAGUACAUCGUUGGAGACUCCAUUGAAUGCAAUAGAGGUGAAAGUACUAGUUUUCAACGACACAGUAGAGCUGGUGUUUCAAGGAACAAACUUGGUUGCAAGGAUCGAUCAUCCCAUGCAUUUGCAUGGGCAUAGUUUUUACGUUGUUGGAUCUGGAUUCGGUAACUUUGAUCGACAACGAGAUCCUUUAAAUUAUAAUCUAGUCGACCCUCCUCUUCAACAAACCAUUGCAGUUCCUCAGAAUGGUUGGACAGCCAUCAGAUUCAGAGCAAAUAACCCUGGAGUAUGGUUCAUGCAUUGUCAUUUUGAACGUCAUGUUAGUUGGGGGAUGGAGAUGGUAUUCAUCGUAAGGAAUGGAAAGAGUGGCGAUGCAAGAAUCUUGCCUCCACCACCAGACAUGCCCAAGUGUUAG